UACGCCAAUGCGUGCUCAUCGCUUCAGCGCGCCGUCUUAUCUCACGGCUUCAGUUAGCGAAAAAAGUUUCUAAGAAAACUACUAAUAUUUCUUAAAAUGCCGCGUGUUUACGUGGGUAGAUUGAGUUACCAUGUUCGUGAGAAAGACAUCCAGAGAUUUUUUAGCGGUUAUGGGAAGCUGCUGGAGAUUGACCUGAAGAAUGGGUAUGGCUUCGUGGAGUUUGAGGACACGCGUGACGCAGACGAUGCCGUUUAUGAACUGAACGGGAAAGACCUUUGUGGUGAACGAGUGAUCAUUGAGCACGCUCGUGGUCCACGAAGGGACCGUGAUGCCGGAUACGGUGGUUAUGGUGGACGUAGCAGUAGUGGUUACAGUAGCCGAAGCCGGACCGGCCGCGACAAGUACGGUCCACCCGUACGCACGGAAUACCGCCUCAUCGUGGAGAACCUCUCCAGCCGCUGCAGUUGGCAGGACCUAAAGGACUUCAUGCGCCAGGCCGGCGAGGUGACCUACGCCGACGCCCACAAGGAGCGGACCAACGAGGGUGUGAUCGAGUUCCGGUCCCGUUCAGAUAUGAGGAGGGCCCUCGACAAGCUGGACGGCACCGACAUCAACGGGCGGAAGAUCCGCCUGGUGGAGGACAAGCCUCGCCGUCGGCGCUCCUACUCGGGCAGCCGCUCCAGGUCUCGUAGCCGGCGUCGCUCUCGCAGCCGGAGGAGCGGGAGUUCCGGCAGCCGCUCAAGGUCUCGCUCAAGGUCUCACUCUCGCAGCAAACGGCGCUCUCGCUCCAGGUCGGACCACAAGUCUCGUUCCAGAUCCGGGAAGAAGUCCCGCAAGUCUCGUUCCAAGUCAAGCUCUCGCACCAGGAAGUCCCGUUCCAAGUCUCCUUCCGCUUCUCGCAAGUCUCGCAGCCGAUCGGCGAGCCACAAAUCCCGCUCUCUCUCCCGUAAGUCUCGUUCUAAGAGCCAGUCAAAAGUCAAGUCUGACCGGGGAACCAGAAGCCACUCCAAGGAGAAGUCUGUCAGCAAGAAAUCCCGGAGUCGCUCCCCCACCCCCACAGAGAAUGGAAACGGAGAAGUGGCCAAGUCUUCCUCCAAGUCCCCCUCCCCGAGAGAAGACCGCCGGGAUUCCAAAUCACCCACCAAACAGUCAGCCUCUCGCUCAAAAUCCCGCUCGCGUUCGAGGUCCAGGUCAGCUUCCCAAGAUUAGAUGUACCUGUUCGAGUUGGAUGUCUGAAACCAGUUUUGACUAUGGGCCUCUGAAAUCACUGGAUUUAUUGAAGUUGGUGAUCGUACAGGUAUUGGCAACUCCGGUCCUGAAAGAUGUGGUUGGUGUCACACUUUUGCCCCUGUUUAAACACCUGACUUCAGUAGAAAACAAAUCAUGACGUUCAAUACAAACUAUUACAAUACAUUUUAUCCACUGGGUUUUCCAUCUUAACAUCUUCAGAUUGAUGUUGCCCAUCCCUGUUUUGGUCAUUUGAAAAACAUUAUUUUGCAUGAGUUCCAGGUUAAUUAUUGUAUACUGAACACAGUAGAAGACUUGUUUUGUAUUCUUCCUCUUCCGAGAUGGCUUAUCCUUUGUGUCAAAGAUACUGGUUUGAUGUUUGAUGUUCUGCUUUCAAGAGGAAUAAUUUCCUACCACUGUAUUGCUUCUUUAAUCUCUGGUAUUUUGGUAUUAAGUCAUGAUUUGUGUUUGGCUGUUGAUCAUAGAUUUCAUAGUAUUGUCUUCACAAAUUGUAAAACGAAGGACGACUAUCACAGAAUUUGAGUUACUUUCUUAAUUAUGCAAGUGUGUGAAUUGGCAGAUUUGUAUUUAUUACUUGCUUUAUUGAUUCAAUAAAUUGAAUGAAUGGAAACAAUCUCUGUCACAGUUUAAAACCAUAUCGUUUAAACUGCUACUAGUAGUUUGAUAGUUGCCAUCAAUUGUCUCUCAAACCGUCACCUAGAUUAAUAGAUUGGUUUAAAUUCAAAAUGCUUCUUAUUGGAAUUAACUAUGAGCAAAAUGCCUCUUUUCCCUGACAUCUGAUUAUUUCCUCAUAUAUAUUUUUUUUAUCCUUAAUUUGUGUUGAUUAAAUAAAGUGUUGAUAUACAA